UUUGAUAAGGGGGUAAAGACUGAAUUUGGAUUUCGGCCGUGAAGAGACCAACCAUCGAUGCCACAAGGAGACUAUAUCGAAGAGCACAUAAAGGAACAUGGACAUAGACUCGACCAUUUUGAACGCCUUAGAAAGAAAGAAGCGAGGGAGCCGCAUAAAAAGUCCCAAAUUGUGAAGCGAACUCGUGGCAUGAAGGCCAAGUUGUUGAAUAAACAAAACUUUGUAGAUAAAGUACAGCAACGAAAGAAGAUAGCAGCGCUUUCGCAGAAGAAGGUAGAUAGGAGGAUGGAACAACCUUUAGUUGAAGGGUCUGUUCCACCUUAUUUGUUAGAUCGACAGGCAGCUUCUAGUGCAAAGGUCCUUUCGAACACUAUCAAGGAAAAACGAAAGGAGAAGGCUGGAAAAUGGGAAGUUCCACUUCCAAAAGUUCGCCCAGUCGCAGAUGAGGAGACAUUUAAAGUCAUUUACACCGGAAAGAGGAAAAAGAAGCAAUGGAAACGAAUGGUGACAAAGGUAACUUUUGUUGGGGAUGGCUUCACAAGAAAGCCACCAAAAUACGAAAGAUUUAUUCGUCCAAUGGGUUUGCGUUUCAAGAAAGCACACGUGACGCAUCCCGAACUCAAGGCAACUUUCUGUUUGGAUAUUAUUGGUGUGAAGAAGAACCCGCAAUCCUCACUUUAUUCCUCAUUGGGUGUUAUUACCAAGGGAACCAUCAUUGAAGUGAAUGUUAGCGAGUUCGGCUUGGUAACGAAUACUGGCAAAGUAGUCUGGGGCAAAUACGCUCAAGUAACGAACAAUCCUGAAAAUGACGGUUGUAUAAACGCAGUAUUAUUGGUGUAAUGAAGGAAUAUAAAAUAAACUGUAGUAAGCCCAU